AGUCCAAAAGUAUUUCACCAUAAACACAUUGAUAUAUGCAUACACUCUCCCAGAACCGGUUAGAGAGCAGUCGAUCCAGAUUAGUUGGUGCUCCAGAAAAAUCUUAAAUCGUUACGAUGUCCAGGUUCGUGCUGCUCGCUGUGGUCUUGGUACUACAAGUGUGCUUGACUAUGGCGGACGACCCAGAGAAAAGUGAAUCCCAAGGAAUUUUAGUGAGGGCCAAAGAUGCGUACAAGGAACUGAAGUCUAGGGUUGUGAAUGCUGGCAGUACAGCUUUCGAAUUCAUUCAUAUGUACUACGAGGACCAGGUGAAGCCUGUGACUGACAAGUACACUGAAUGGGCUCAAGAGAAAGCAAAAUCUUUUUGGGAUAAAGUUAAAGAAAAAGUGCCCAUCAAUAGGUCUGAAUAAAGUUACAAAAUAUCUACAAGAAUCAGUAAUGCCAAAUGGACCUGUGCAUGUGGAUGUGUACUUAACGGGUCGUUCAAUGCUGUGAGAAGAAGCCAUAAACAAACAGCAAGUGCACAGCUAAAGUAAAUACGUCAUGUGACUAACCUGAAAUGACGUUUGAAAUAUGUAUCAGCUUUACGAAUGUGAUUGUGUAUAAUGGCAUCAUCAUUUCUGCAGUACGACGACAAAUAAAAACAUGAUGAACCAA